AAUGAUUGGGGUUGUCGCUUGGUUCCGGGUGUUCUGCUUGGGGGCCCAGUCGGUGGUCGUUUCGCCCUGAAGCUGAAGAAGGGCAUUUCUCCCCCCAGGGGAGUGGGGCUGAGGGUGGGUCGUGCCGGCGCCGCGGGUACCUGCCGAGGACUGGUGGCUGCUGGUCCCCACAGGUUUGUCUUUGCUUGGCACCAGGUUGAGCCCAAUGCCAGUUGAAUCGACUUCCAAGCUCGUUGGUAGAAUUCAUUUCCUGAGGUUGCUUUUCCUUGCUGACUGCCAUUAGCUCCUGGAGGCCGCACUCCUUGCGCAUGACCCAUGCUUCUGAGUCAGCGAGUUUCAUGGGAUUAGUGGGUCCACGAGGAUAAUCCAGGCCCAUAACCUUAACCUUAAUUUCCUCUGCAAAGUCUCUUUUUGCUGUGUAGGGUAGGUUCCAGGGAUUAUUAUGGGACAUGGGUUGGGAGGGGCAUUCUCCGCCACAGUCUCUGUCUCUGUUCUUCUGGGCAAGAGCCCACAUGUACUGAAGCAAGAAAAGCAAGAUGUUAAAUGAGUGUGGUUUGGUACAACUUAAAAAGGCAAAGAUAUUAUAAACGUAUUUGCCUGUGUAAGCUUAGAGAAAUUUGGAAGGGGACCUUGGAAACAGGGAAGGGAACCGAGUGGCUGGCUGGGGAUAUUUCAACUUAACGCCUCUUUAAUUUUUUGAAUUUUGAGCCACAUGACGUUUCCCUUACUCAAGAGACAAUUUUAAUUUCAAGAAUUCUAAAAUAAAGUGAAUUUGCAGUUCCUGUUGUGGCGCAGCAGAAACGAAUCUGACUAAUAUCCAUGAGGAUACAGGUUCGAGCCUUGGCUUCGCUCAGGAGGUCAGGGAUCUGGCGUUGCUGUGAGCUGUAAUGUAGGUCGCAGAUGCGGCUCAGAUCCCGUGUGGCUGUGGCUGUGGCGUAGGCCGGCAGCUGUAGCUCUGAUUUGAUCCCUAGCCUGGAAACGUCCAUAUGCCCCAGGUGUGGCCCUAAAAAGCAAAAGCAAAAGCAAAAAAAAAAAAAGUGAACUAAAUAACUACCGCAAAUGAGAGAGAGUGAAGGCUACCCCCUCGAGGUCAUCGUCUGCUCUCUCCUGCUGCUGCAUGGAUGGGUGCCAGGAGUCUUCUCAGAUGUCAGUCUGCGUGCCCAGGCCAGGUUGAUCUUCCUGUGCUUUUCCCUUAGUUCUGUCUCUCCUGAGGGAGAAAUGCGGCUGGUGCCUCACUUUCAUCAGGUCGUCAAGGCCUCUUUAAAUCUGACCCUUAGUAAUUCUGCCUCUGAGCUCUGUCCACACCUCUGCCCUGUGUCACCUCUGCCUUUUCCCACUUUCCCAGCCAGGCAGGGCUUGAACUCUCUUCUUCAACCCAUCUGCCCAGGCUCUGUCCCUUCCCUGCUUCCUCUGUCCAGGCAUGUGCCCAUCUCAUGUCUGUCUUUCCUCUGCCAUCUGUCUUACUCAAGUCCAUGAGGGUGAUGGUCGCACCUCCCCAGAAUAGCCCCUGACAUAAAGUGGGUGUUUUGGAAUCUUUGAAAGCAUGUGUCCAAGAAGAGAAGUCCAGUCCCAAGGCCGCAGGUGCUGUCCACGGUGGGCUUCUGCCACAGUUCCUGCUUUGUCUUCUCCACCCCUGAGGGGCAGAAGGGUCAGUGGUACCUGCUGAUGGUGCAGAGCGAAUAAGGGGCCAGGGGAUGUUGCCCCUCUCUCAGGUCCCAGCCAUGCCCAGCCUCAGAACUCGUCCUGGAAAGGCAGAGAUGGAGCCCUCAGUUCCUGGACCAUCCCUUCGGACCCCCGGCACCCAGGUCUCUGUGAGUGAUGCUCCUGCUGUGACCCACCCUGGAUCUGCACUUCAUGGUCCCCUCAGCUGUGGUGACACUGAGCCAGGAGCCACCCCUCCACACCAUCAGCUGGCAGAUUGGGACCUGAGGACCGAGGGCUCACAGCUUCUUCAGAAGGAAGAUGCUUCUGAGGAUUUGGAAUCCCAGGCGGGAACAUCAGAAGAUUAUGUGGGUGCUGGUUCCCAGGCCCCUGAGCGUGGAGAGCUCUGUGCUGACGUGCUAGGGAGUGACUGGGGGGUCCCCCAGGGCGAGAGACUGUCCCUCUGCCAGGAGGGGGGCUUCAUGCCCGCGUACCUGCUCCCCGGCAGCCCCUUAGAAGAGCCAGAGAUAGACACCGAACCCUUGGAGAGAAACUUUGGUCUCAUCAUCACCCCAGUGGCCUCUCCGGGCGAGCCAGAGGAAGAGACGCCCCAGCCGUUCGACGCAUGUGACCAGAGCGUCCACUGCGGCGUGGACCUGGCCGGCCACGAGGGUCUGCACGCAGCCGAAAGCUCGUUCAUAUGCGGCGAGUGCGGGGAGUCCGUCGGCCUGCACUCGGACCUCCUCAGGCACCGGCUCAGCCACCGCGGGGAGAAGCCUCACGUGUGCGCCGAAUGCGGCGAGGCCUUCAGCCAGAGCGCCAGCCUCGAGAGCCACCAGAGGUCCCAUGAGCCGGCCAAGCCCUUCCAGUGCAGCACGUGCGGCAAGGCCUUCGGGCGGAGCUCGAGCCUCAUUAAACACCACAAGGUCCACACCAGGGAGAGGCCCCAUGCGUGCGGCGAGUGCGGCAGGCCCUUCAGCCGGUUCUCCAACCUCGUCAAGCAUCGCAGGGUCCACACAGGCGAGAAGCCGUACAGGUGCAGCGAGUGCGGCAAGGCUUUCAGCCAGAGCUCGAGCCUCCUCCAGCACCGGAGAGUCCACACCGGGGAGAAGCCCCACGUGUGCCCCGUGUGUGGCAAGGCCUUCAGCUACAGUUCCGUGCUCCGAAAGCACCAGAUCAUCCACACGGGUGUGAAGCCCUACUCGUGCAGCGCCUGCGGCAAGGCCUUCAGCCACAGCUCCGCCCUCAUCCAGCACCAGGGCGUGCACUCCGGCGACAAGCCCUACGAGUGUCGCGAGUGCGGGAAGACCUUCGGUCGCAGCUCCAACCUCAUCCUCCACCAGCGAGUUCACACGGGAGAGAAGCCCUACGAGUGUGCCGAGUGUGGGAAGACCUUCAGCCAGAGCUCAACGCUUAUCCAGCACCAGCGAAUCCACAACGGCCUGAAGCCCCACGAGUGUGACCAGUGCGGUAAAGCCUUCAACCGCAGCUCCAACCUCAUUCACCACCAGAAAGUCCACACUGGGGAGAAGCCCUACACGUGCGUGGAGUGUGGGAAGGGCUUCAGCCAGAGCUCGCACCUCAUCCAGCACCAGAUCAUCCACACGGGAGAGAGGCCCUACAAGUGCGGUGAGUGUGGGAAGGCCUUCAGCCAGCGCUCGGUCCUCACCCAGCACCAGAGGGUCCACACCGGCGAGAAGCCCUAUGACUGCGAGGCCUGCGGGAAGGCCUUCAGCCAGCGGUCAAAGCUGGUCAAGCACCAGCUGAUCCACGCCGGGGAGAGGCCCUACAAGUGCAUCGAGUGUGGCAAGUGCUUUGGCCGGAGCUCCCACCUCCUCCAGCACCAGAGAACCCACACCGGGGAGAAGCCCUACGUGUGCGGCGUGUGCGGCAAGGCCUUCAGCCAGAGCUCCGUGCUCAGCAAGCACCGGCGGAUCCACACGGGCGAGAAGCCCUACGAGUGUAAUGAGUGUGGCAAGGCCUUUCGAGUGAGCUCAGAUCUCGCGCAGCAUCACAAGAUCCACACGGGGGAGAAGCCGCACGAGUGCCUCGAGUGCCGGAAAGCCUUCACGCAGCUCUCACAUCUCAUUCAGCACCAGCGCAUCCACACCGGGGAGAGGCCGUACGUGUGCCCGCUGUGCGGGAAGGCCUUCAACCACAGCACGGUCCUGCGCAGCCACCAGCGGGUGCACACCGGCGAGAAGCCGCACGAGUGCGAGGAGUGCGGCCGGGCCUUCAGCGUGAAGAGGACGCUGCUCCAGCACCAGCGGGUGCACACUGGCGAGAAGCCCUACACCUGCAGCGAGUGCGGCCGCGCCUUCAGCGACCGCUCUGUCCUCAUCCAGCACCACAACGUGCACACCGGGGAGAAGCCCUACGAGUGCGGCGAGUGCGGCAAGGCCUUCAGCCACCGCUCCACCCUCAUGAACCACGAGCGCAUCCACACCGAGGAGAAGCCCUACGGCUGCUACGCGUGCGGGAAGGCCUUCGUGCAGCACUCCCACCUGACCCAGCACCAGCGGGUCCACACCGGGGAGAAGCCCUACGUGUGUGGCGAGUGCGGCCACGCCUUCAGCGCCCGCCGGUCCCUGGUCCAGCACCAGCGGAUCCACACGGGCGAGAGGCCCUUCCGCUGCGCGCAGUGCAGCAAGACCUUCAGCCUGAAGGCCACGCUGAUCGUGCACCUGAGGACCCACACGGGCGAGAGGCCCUACGAGUGCAGCCGCUGCGGGAAGGCCUUCAGCCAGUACUCCGUGCUCGUGCAGCACCAGCGCAUCCACACGGGCGAGAGGCCCUACGAGUGUGGGGAGUGUGGCCGCGCCUUCAACCAGCACGGGCACCUGAUCCAGCACCAGAAGGUGCACAGGAAGCUGUGAGCUGGGCCGCCUGGAAGCCACACAGACCCGGGAAGCCUCAGUCCUGGGGCAGCAUCUGUUCACUGGGGGACACCCUUUGCUGAUUCAGUGUCCCCAGAAGACGCCAGAGAAGCACUGAAUGAAAUGUCUCUGCAAGAACUUCAGAGGAUGCCUAGUUGUUUCUGUUUCGUUUUUUUGGCUGUGCCCACACAUGCAGAAGUUCCCGGGCCAGGGUUCAAACCCGAGUCACAGCAGCGACAGCGCUGGAUCCUUAACUGCCAGGCCACCAGGGAACUCCAAGGAUCCCUCAUUUGUCUCCCAGUGAAUCGAAGUUGUAGCGCGGAUUCACCACAUGGCUGUUGUGAGCUUAACUCUUAUUUCACGUUAGUUUACCGGACAUGAGAAACUCCAGGAAGUUAGGGUGUAAGUAGCACUGUCACCAGACUUCCUUUCACCCCAGAUGUGUCUUAGAACAUGGUAGGCCUUUCCUAAUACAAUGACUGUUGGGCUAGCCUCAGUAUCCUGUUAAACCUGAAGUGCUGCGUGGGUAAACGGCUUUGAAGAAAUUGUCACCAGGUGUCGUGUAACAUGGCUGGAAAUCCUAACGGUGAAACCACUUGUUUUGUAUGAAGGGAGGGCCUAGAGAUUAACUAGUGAAAAGUGAUGUAAACUUAGAAACCCCUUUUUCUGGUCACUUAACUUUACUCAAGAUCGGGGGGCUCCAGCCAGCGGGGCAGAGUAGGGCUUGGAAGUCGCUCCUCCCACAGAUACACGUGCGGGGGGAGGGCGAGUGGGUUUGGGAGGAACGCGUGCACACGACCAUGUAUACACCGAUAACCACCUAGUUCCCGCUGUGCAGCACAGGGAGCCCUGCCCAGUAUUCUGCAAUAACCUGAAAGGGAAGGUCCGAAAAAGAACGCGUGUUUGUGUGUGUAGAACCGAUUCGCUCUGCGGAGCACCCGAAACUCACACACCCUGUAAAUCAAUCAAGUACACGCCAGGAUACAGUAAAAGUUACACUGAGAAAGGAAUACACCUACAGUGGAACAGAGCUCCCAGAACACCUGCUGAACCCCAGCAGAAGACCCCAGACACCUGAGCAGGCAAGCAAGAUCCCCAGGUAAGAAAAAAAGGUUUUUGGUUGUGUGUGGACUGUCUACGUUUCAGCGACUCCCAUCAUUCUGUCUUAUCUCAAAUCAUCGUUCUAGUCCCCUGUGUUGAGUAAACCAGACAUCAAGUUUUUUUUAAUUUUUAAAAAUUUACUUAUUAUAGUUGAUUUACAAUGUUCUGUCAAUUUCUGCUAUACAGUCAAGCGACCUAGUCAUUCAUAUAUAUAUACGUUCUUUUUCUCACAUUAUCCUCCAUCAUGUUCCAUCACAAGUGCUUAGAUAAUAGUUCCCUGUGCUGUGCAGCAGGACCUCAUUGUACAGCAGGGUGACUCAGUCACACAUACAUGAAUACAUUCUUUUUUCUCACAUCAUCCUGCUCCAUCAUAGGUGACUAGAUAUAGUUCCCAGGGCUACGGAGCAGGAUCUCAUUGCUCAUCCAUUCCAAAGGCAACAGUUUGCGUCUGUUGACCCCAGACUCCCAGUCCAUCCCACUCCCUCCCCCGACCCCUUGGCAACCACAGGUCUUUGGUUCUCUAUGUCCAUGAGUCUUUCUUCUGUAGAUAGGUUCAUUUGUGCCGUAUAUUAGAUUUCAGAUAUGAGUGCUAUCUAUAUACGGUAUUUGUCUUUCUGACUUACGUAGUAUGAGAGUCUCUAGUUCCAUGCAUGUUGCUGCCAACGGCGUGAUUUUUUCUUUUUUUAUGGUUGAGUAGUAUUCCGUCGUGUAUGUGUACCAUAGCUUCCUAAUCCAUUCACCUGUCCGUGGACGGUUAAGUUGUUUCCGUGGUCUAGGCUCUUCCCUAGUGGUUGAACCAGCUUACUUGCCCUUUUCUCCAUACCCGCUCCAGCAUCUGUCACUGGUCGACUUGUUAACGAUGGCCAUUCUGACAGAUGUGAGGUGGUACCGCAUAGUAGUUUUGAUUUGCGUUUCUCUAGUAAUUAGUGAUGUUGAGCACUUUUUCAUGUGCCUUCUGGCCAUCUGUGUAUCUUUGGAGAAUGUCUACUUAGGUCUCCGUCCAUUUUUUCAAUUGGGUUAUUGGUUUUUUUGCUGUUGAGCUGUAAAGACACCAAAUUGUGCAGCUGUCCAGGUACAAGUGUAUUUUGUCCCCCUCCCUAAGUCUCUGAGAGAUCAUCUCCAUCAAAAUAUCCCCUUGGGAGUUCCCAUCGUGGCUCAGUGGUUAAUCCGACUAGGAACCAUGAGGUUGCAGGUUCAAUCCCUGGCCUUGCUUAGUGGGUUAAGGAUCCGACAUUGCUGUGAGCUGUGGUGUAGGCCGGUGGCUACAGCUCCGAUUAGACCUCUAGCCUGGGAACCUCCACAGGCCACAGGAGCGGCCCUAGGAAAGGCAAAAAGACAAAAAGCAAAUUAAAAAAAUCCCCUUUCUGGAGUUCCCAUCGUGGCUCAGUGGUUAACUAAUCUGACUAGGAACCAUGAGGUUGUGGGUUCGAUCCCUGGCCUCACUCGGUGGGUUGGGGAUCCAGCGUUGCCGUGAGCUGUGGUCGGAUCCCGCAUUGCUGUGGCUCUGGCGUAGGCCAGCGGCUACAGCUCCAAUUAAACCCCUAACCUGGGAACCUCCAUGUUCUGUAGGUGUAGCCCUAGAAAAGACAAAAAAAAAAAAAAAAAAAAAAAAAAAAUCCCCUUUCUUAGAACAAUUACAGUAAUUUUUUCUAACAUUUCCUUUGGCUGCUGUUCUGUGAGUUAUCAACCUGGCCAGUUAUCUCAUUAGGUCGAAGUUUUUUUUCCUUAAAAAAUUGUAUGUUUCUCUACUCAGACCGGGCGACUUUUAACAACAGACAUUUCUGUUCUGGUUCUUGUGGCCGGAUGUCCAAGUCAGGGUUCCCUAAGGGUUGGUUUCCUGUGAGGUUUUUCUACUCAGCUUACAGGUGGCUGCUUCCCGCUGUUCCCUCCAUGGCAUUUUGUCUGUGCAUCCGCUGUCUUUUCAUCUUUAGUCUUUGACCACACCCGCGGCAUAUGGAAGUUCCCAGGCUAGAGGUUGAAUCAGAGCUGCAGCUGCUGGCCUAGGUCACAGUCACAGCCACUCGGGAUCCAGUCCACAACUGUGACGUACACCACAGCUCACGCAAUGCUGGGUCCCUAACCCACUGAGCGAAGCAAGGGAUCUAACCUGCAACCUCAUGGAUCCUCGUGGGUUUGUUACUGCUGAGUCUCACAACGGAGACUCCCUCCUUUCAUCUCCUUGUAAGAAUUCCUGUUCUGUCUGAUGAGGGCUCCACCUCACGACCUCCUUUAACUGGAGUUUCCCUCCUUCAAGACCGUGUCUCCCAAUACAGUCACUUUGGAUGCUAGGGCUGCAAAAUAUGGGUUCGGGGCGGACACAGUCAGCCAGCCCAUGAUACACAGUGUCUGUGGCCAGUGACUGUCUUGCAGUUACUAAGUCUGAGGCAGGAAGAAGUAAGAAAGUAGAUAAUCAAAUAUUUAGGGAGUUCCUGUCCUGUUUGUGGCCCUGACUAGGACGAGGGUUCAAUCCCUGGCCUUGCUUAGUGGGCUAAGGAUCCAGUGUUGCUGUGAACUGUGGUGAAGGUUGCAGACAUGGCUUGGAUCCUCUGUGGCUGUGGCUGUGGCGUAGGCCAGCAGCUGCAGCUCUGAUUCAAUCCCUAGCCUGGAAACUUCCAUAUGCUGCAAGUAGGACCCCCCCCCAAUUUUUUUUUUUAAAUCUUGAGCGACUACCAAUCAUGACCCUCCCACACUUGACUUUCCUCUUCUUGCAGGAAUAAUGUCACUAAGUCCAUGCUCUGUGUUCCUGUUUAUUUGUGGUAAGUGAGGGAAAGGAAAGAUUCAAGCACUGAGAUGAAAGAGCCUAGCUCAGCUAAAUUAAAAAGAACCCAAGCGUCCUAUUUGCACCUUGUUUCUGCCUUCAUAGACAAACAGCAUAUGGUAUCACUUAUAUGUGGAGUCUAAUAAAAAUGAGACAGAAAACCUUAGAAAAUGGAAACACAUUUCAAAACCAAUCUUGAACACUGCAGCUGAAACUUGAGGGGGCGGGAGGAACUGGGAGGGCGGGGGUGGCACGCGCAGCACCGCAGCACGGCGUCCAAUGGUCCUCAGCGAGAAGCUGCUGUACCGCAUGGGGAGAGCUACUCGUAACGACCUGUGGGGGGAAACGGUGUAUGUGUAACUGAAUCACUUUGCUGUGCACCUGAAGCUACGAUAACAUUGUAAGUCAGCUAUACGCCAAUAAAGUUAAGUUUAAAAAUAAA